GCGUUAUUUAGUUUGAUUUUUUUUUUAAUUUUAAGUUCAAAACUAUUGAAAUUAUGCUAUCAUAUGGAAUAUAUGUUGUAAACAAAUCCACCCAAUCCACCCACAUGUAAAGUUUGGGUGGGUGUGAAUCAUUUUCUCCUUCACCCACCACGUAUUGGAUGGUUCCAAACCCACCCAAAUCUGCAUAAAAGCACCAAUUGCUAACCUCUACCUUUUGUUAUUUUUGGUAUGGUUGUUUUUAAAGAGGAUAAUUAAAAAAAUCUAUUUUUAUUCUCUCUAUACAUUCAUUUGUAUCUUCUUUGCUUUAUGUUUUGUUUUAAUCUUUUACCAUUCGAUUAUUAUCUAUACUUGUAUGUAUAUCCAUUGGUGUGAUGCUAAAGUUCUCGAAAGACCAAAGGAAGAAGGGGGAUUGGGAUUUAAGAACUUUUAUUUGUUCAAUAUUGCACUUAUUGGGAAACAAGUUUGGCGAAUGCUCGUUAACCCGGAAGCCCUCUGGGUCCGCCUUCUCAAAGGUCUUUACUUUGCCAAUGGGGACCUCUUCUCGACUUCUAAGGGCAACAUAGGGUCCUGGAUUUGGAAUGGAAUUUGUGACACUAAGGAAAAGCUGAAGAUUUGUUGGGUGAGAGGUAUCAUGUCAAGGGAGGGAACCAACUUCCAUAACGAUCCUUGGGUUCCAUAUCUCCCAUCUUCAUCACUUACGAGCUUGGGACUACCUCCAUCCAGAUUUAGUGAAUGGAUUUCCCCUACUGAUGGAAAGUGGAAUUUAGAAGUACUUAUGGCCACUAUCCCUGAAGAAUCUGCACUUGCUAUUCUUCGAGUCCCGAUUGGACCUCCCAACUCUUUGGAUAGAUAGUUUUGGAGAUUCACAAAUACAGGAGAUUAUUCGGUUAAUUCAACGUACAGGGCGCUCCGUCAAGAACGAGAUAUCUCUUUUCCGCCUGUGUCAGGUUUUUUGCCUCCUCCUAGCAGUGACGAUUGGAGGUGGUUAUGGUCACUCUCCCUCCCUCCUAAGAUCCGGUUCUUCAUCUGGACAUGUUCUAAGGGAGGUUUGGCUACUCAAUCAAGACUGUUCUCCCGGAAUUAAGCUGCCAAUCCAAGUUGUCCAGUCUACGAUGGGCCAAGUGAAACUGUUCUCCAUUGUCUCUUCCACUGCCAGCACGCGGCAACCGCAUGGGAGACGACUGGGCUUCUCCCUUCCCUCCCUAACAACGAAUCGACAUUCUGCGAUUGGUUCUUCGGCCUUAAUAUGGGCCUUUUUCGGUUGAGAGAAUUCGGAAAAUUGCUUGGUGUCUGUGGAAUAUUUGGUUAGCUUGAAAUGGCUAUGUAUUUGAGGCAAUGGUUCCUUCCCCGACCAGCGUGGAAAUCAAAACUUAUCGUGAUUUUCUUUGCUUUGAGGAAGCUCGAACAAGUUCUUCAUCAUCCUCCGGGUCAGCUCAUUUGCCAUCUCAGCCUAGGGGACCCCGAUCUCACCGCCACCACAACCAGUUUCAUUUAAGAAGCUUGUUCACUAUGAUGGUUUGUUCGUUUCGGAUUCACAAAUGGCGGCGUAUGAGAUUACUAUUGCUAAUUCCCUUGGUCAGGUGUUUGACGGAAAGGCUGAGACUUUCUUUUGCUCCUAUCCGAUUCAAGCGGAAGCUCUUGCACUUCUCAACGCAGUCCAGCUUGCGGCUCAAGAGAUUUUCCCAACUCAUGUUUUAUUAGACUAUCAGGUACUGAAAAGUGCCUUGAGGAAGCCCCCUAAUCUCUGGCCGUGGCAUUGUCGGGCGACCUUGGAAAGAAUCAUUUCUUCCUCCAUGAAGCCCAUUGGAUCAAAGUGGAUUUUGUUCCGCGACGUCUUAAUGAUUUGGCUAACUGGAUGGCUCGGAAUGCUCGUGUCAAUUCGCUACCUUUGGAUUGGAUUGUUGUUGCUGAUUUGAUCUCACCACUUAUGUAAUUUGUUGUUUCCUUUGUUUCGGAUCGUAAUAAAAGUCCUAUCUUUCA